AUGAGGCAUCACAGAGUGAAAAAUAGUAAAGAAGACGCUAGCAAAGAGUUCUCCUACAGCUUUUUUUUUACAUUACUGCAGUGCUCUAAUGCCCAAAACAAAACAAGUAUCACACCUGCAGACUGUAAUACCAUUGAAAGAGAUGCAGGAGUGGCCCUGGAUUUGGUCAACAAACAUCGCAGAGAUGGCUAUAUUUUUGCUUUAUUCCGUGUUGCUGAUGCACACAAACUACAUACCGGAAAUUAAUCUGUCCUGUUUGUUUCCUUAACUGUGCUGGAAACUGAACGCCCUGUAUUUUCCAGAAGACACUGGGAGCCUUGUGAAUACAGUAACACCUAUUCCAUAGACUUUGGGCAAUGUAAGAUUAUCAGCCAGCUGCUGAAGAAACCUCAACUAUAUGGAUUUAAUUGUACAUUAACUCCAGUUCCUCCUGAUCUAUUAGAGUGUAAAGACUGUCCUGUGAAAGAUGAAGUCUUAGAAGUCACCGAGCAACAUAAAGAUAAUGCUGCAAAGACCCUGAAGAAAUUCAACAGUGAGGGUAACUACACAAAAUACUUCAAUGUGGAGAAAGUUGAAAAGAUUUUAAAGAUGGUAAAAUGCCUCCAUGAAGGUCACAUUUUAGGAUUCUCCAUAAAAGAGAUCAACUGUUCCAAAUCCACACAACAAGCAGAUCAGGCAUUGGAAUGUGAUUUUCUGGAUGACUGGCACGCUCAUGUGGGAUUCUGCAAGACAAGAAUCAUCAGUGAUCCAGAUGAAGCUGAUGGAACAGAAACAAACUGUGAAAUCUACCAUCCCUGGGGAUGUACACACUUACUGAAAUGUCUCUGGCUGUAUCCUCAUGCAGGCUACAGAACCUCACUUAGUCCAGACUAUCACAAGAACCAAGAGGAACCACAACAUCCCCCUUCUGCUUCUCCUCCCCAUGACAAAUCACAUCAUCCUCCUCCUUCCCAAGAGGAAUUACAUCAUCCCUCUUCUCCUCCUCCCCAUGAUGAACCAGAUAAUCCUCCUCUUGGUCCCCAUCAUGGAUCACACCGUCUUCCCCCUCCUCGUGGACCACAUCACCCCUAUCCUCCUGCCCAUUGUAGACCACACUAUCCUCUUCCUCCUGCCCCUCCUCAUGGACCACAUCAUGGACCACCACCUCCUGCCCAUUGUAGAACACAUCACCCUCCUCCUCCAGGACACCCUCGUUGUCUCUGUCAUCACUAUUACAGACAUCACUGCAACAAGACAAGCAUAUCGGGAAAGUACUCUCCAUUCCAAAUAACAGGAGCUGUCUAUCGCAUUCCAGUUCUAAAUCAGCAGGAUUCUCUCACACCUCCCACUGCAAACUUUACUGAGCUACUCCAAAGCAUCCCUCACUCCUCCAGCACUGGUGAAGGUAUUCCCUUCAUUGGCUCAAGUCUAAAGGAGAUGCCAGAAGCUUCAGGUUUUCCAGAUCACAAAUCAAAGUCAUGCCCAGGAAACCCCAAACUUUUUCCUCCAAAUAUUCUGCCUUUAUUUCCACAUAGCUCCAUGGCAGAAAAUUCUCCUACAUGACCUCAGAGAAAGGUGUUCCUGGUUUGAGAGUUGCAGGGCCAAUGACAGUUGUACAAUGAAUGAAAACAGCACAUGGAGAAGGGGAAAAACAUACAAUUUCUAGGGAGAAGAAGCCCUGAAAAUAAUGAUUAAGACAAGUAUUCCAACCUGCCUCUUGAUCCCAGCUAUCUCAGACUCCAUUGUAACUGAAAGUCUCAAAAUUCCAAGUCCCUCAGAUAAUGUGAAGGGUACAAAUCUCCCCAGCAAACAAUGCUCCUUUAGUUCUAACAAAAAGGAAAAUUCCCUAAUAGUGAAAACUACCAUGUAAAAACUUUCAUUUUCUCAUUAUUCAUAAUUUUAAUAUACUUCUCUGA